AUGGAGACGUUGCUGGCCCCUCAAGGUUGGGUCAAUUUCUUGAACGUGACCCCGACGCUGGCCGCCGCGGGUGGCGACGACGACAUCAGUACCACGGUGGGCUGGGCUCACAAUAACAAUAACCUGCUCAAGACCUUGACGACCCCUUUCCGGGGCAACAACGUGGUCCGGAUGAUCAUGCGGCCGUACCUGCCCAUGUUCCACACGGGCAAGAUCAUGGUACCCGGGGUGGAAAUGAAUUUUGAGUUCCACUUCAACAGUCCGGAUUUCUACACCUUUGCGACCCUGACCAGUGGCACUGGCGUCAAGAACUACGUUCGGUUGCGAGAAGAAGAUGUGGACAUCACCUUGCAUUUGUGCCGAUUGAAUCUCAACCCGGAUGUCUACGGGUCCCUGGAACGGGAACGCAAGCUCAAAGAGGCGGUGGUCAAGUACCCGGUGGUGAGUGAUCAGAUUCGCACGUUCUCCUUCAACGGGGCCACCACCGUCUGGAUGGAAGAUAACCUCUUUCUGGGGAGGGUCCCCCAGCGCAUGAUCGUGGGGAUCUUGGACAGCACGGCGUUCAAUGGGACCAAAGAAAAGUACCCGUUUGCCUUCCAGAGCAAAGGGGUGACGUCCAUUCGACAGUUUAUCGAGGGAGAAGAGUACCCGUACGUCACCCUGGAAUUCGCCGGCAAUAAUACCCUGAAAGAUUGGGAAGGCUAUCGUCGCUUCUUGGACGCGGCCGGGUCCGUGGCCAAACAUCGCGAGUUUAUGGUCAAACCGGACGAGUGGGGGCACAACAAGAAUUGUACCCUGUACAUGUGGAACAACGUGCCCAGCGGGAACGCCGAUAGCCCCAAACUCAAUCCCAAGCAGACCGGCAACGUGCGGCUGGAGAUCAAGUUCCGAGCGGCCCUGAACACCAACAUGACCAUCUUGGUGUGGGGCGAAUUUGAAAGCGUCAUCUACAUCGAUCACCUGGGGGCCGUGACGUAUGAUAACAAAGCGUAA